UAAUUUUUGGUUGCCAGUAUACCUGUAGUCGUUGCACUGAUCAGUCGAUAGUUUUGUGAUAAAUUAUUUCUCAAGUGAAUUAAAUUAUUAACCAUGGGACGUGAUUCUAGAAAGGUUUCAAGAGAACUUCGGAGUUCUGAAAAAAUUAAUAAGUCGCGUUCAGUCAAAAGAAAGAAUGUUUUUAAUCCGAAAACAGCCGAACGUGAUGAAAGUAUUCAGAGUACAUCUUCUAAAAAAUUAAAACAAAACACUGAAGAUGAUGUACCUGAAGACAGCAGUACUGAAUUUCGAAUAAUAAAUUUUAUUCAGGUAUUCACUGCAAUUUCUGCUCUUAUAAAAUGUAAAAAAUGUGAUGGAAAUGUAGUGUUUCAAACAGCAAGUACACGUGGGCUGGGAUUCAAAAUUGUAGUUGCAUGUAAUAACUGUGGAAAUGAAUAUAUUCCUUCCUGUUCUUUCGUUGGGCAUUCUUAUGAAAUAAACAGACGUUUCAUUUUUGUAAUGAGAAUACUAGGAAUAGGAUACGAAGGAUUGUGCAAGUUUUGCGGCCUGAUGGACAUGCCGUCUUUUUUAGAUAAAUCUACGCAUACAAUUUUACUGAAACAGAUUUUGAAUUGUAGUAAAGCCGUCGCAGAAACCUUCAUGACGAAAGCUGUGAAUGAAGAAAAGCAAGCAAUGCCAACAACUGAAAAUGAAGAUAUAAAUCAUCUAACUGUAUCGGGAGAUGGAACCUGGCAAAAACGGGGAUAUACAUCGUCAUUUGGAGUUUCUUCUAUAAUUGGCUAUUUUACUGGAAAGAUUCUUGACAUAAACAUUAAAAGUGCAUAUUGUAAGCUAUGUGAGUAUUGGAAAAAAAAAACAAAUACUGUUGAGUUCGAGGAAUGGUAUCAAUCGCAUGAAGAUGUGUGUUCUGCUAAUCAUCAAGGGUCUUCUGGGAAAAUGGAGGUGGAUGCGAUGGUCGAAAUGUUUUCGUAUUCUGAAACUAAAUAUGGAGUUAAGUAUGCCAACUAUAUUGGUGAUGGUGACUCCAAGACCUAUUCAGGAAUUAUAAAAUCAGAUCCUUACGAAAAUACAACUGUAAAUAAAAAGGAAUGUAUAGGGCAUGUCCAAAAGCGGAUGGGGAGUCGAUUACGUACGCUGAAGAGUAAACAAAAAGGUCUUGGUGGUCGAGGUAAGCUCACAGGAAAAUUAAUAGACAAACUAACUGUGUACUAUGGUUUAGCAAUACGCCGGCAUUGUGAUUCUAUUGAAAAUAUGAAAUCUGCUAUAAUGGCAACCUUUUAUCACUACGGCUCGAGUGAUGAAAAACCGAAUCAUGAUAUGUGUCCAAAAGGCGAAGAAUCUUGGUGCUCUUACCAGCGCGCUGAAGCAAGAGGAGAGCUUGAUACCUUUUCUCACGAUUAUUCUCCUUUACCUUCUGAUGUUUUAAAAGCUAUCAAGCCUAUAUACGAAGAUCUUAGUAAUGAAAAUUUACUUUCAAGAUGUGUAGGUGGAUUCAAUCAGAAUAAUAAUGAAAGCUUUAACCAACUAGUAUGGAAAAUAUGCCCAAAAACGGUAAAUACUAGUUUUACCAUCGUACAAAUAGCUGCAUACGUUGCUAUGUGUAUAUUUAAUGAGGGUAUAAAUUCAUUAUUAGUCUUGAUGAAUACACUAGGACUUAAUUGUGGGCCUAAUUCUCAUCGGUAUGCAGAAAGAAUGGAUGCUGCACGUAUCAAAGUAGCAGAUAAGCGCGCUAAUGAUAACACCCGAGAAGGUCGAUUGCAACGUAGGCACCAGCAAAUCGAUAUUUUGGAAGCUGCUAUGUCGGCUGAAGAGCUAUUAUAUGGUCCAGGAAUAGAUGACUCAGUAUGAAUCUCCAAGGACUUAUGAUGAUCACCGCAAAGGACUUCGGGAGGAACGGGCUCUACAAAAACAGCGAUAACUUUUUGAAUUAUUAAUUUUUUUUUUUGAAAUUUUCGUGAAGUCAAAUCGAAACGUGUUCUAAUAAAGCUAUGUUUUUAUUUUUGUCAAAUAAAGUAAUUAACUACAAAAAAAAAAUUAUUGAAAAUCAUCAUUUUUUCAUACCCCUGAG